AUGGUCCACACGCAGGAAGCUCAAUUCCUCUCGAACAACGCCGCUGUUAACAACGUGACGGUCCUAGGCUUUGGCACGGAUGGCUUUCUUAGCCGCCCCAGCCCGUCGACGCGCCGGCUCGAGUUCAUCGGUGACAGUAUAACUGCCGGAUACGGGGCGGACGGCUUGGCGCCUUGCGUGGGGAGUGUGGAGACGAACAACUACGUGUUGACAUGGGCCCAUGCCCUUUGCCAAAGCCUGGACGCGGAGUGUUUUGUGGAGGCGUACUCAGGCGUCGGGGUGUACGCGAGCUAUCCCCAUCCUGGCACCGUGGAAGUGACGAUGCCGGAGCGGUUUGCAGACACGUUGGCGAGUGCCCAUCAGUUGAAAAAUAUGACCACGGGAGGGUUGAGCCCUGGCUUCCGCUGGAAGGUAGACGCCAGCACCUUUCGUCCAGACGCCUUGAUUUUCAAUCUGGGAACGAACGAUUUUUGCUGCGGGCGGGGAGAAAAUUCGACUUUUGUGGAGGCUUACGCGGCUGCCUAUUAUCAAUUUGUGUCCAAAGUCUUGGAGUUUUACGCGGUUCCUGCAGGGACACGGGCCAAAGACCUGCCCAUCAGGCCUUCCUCGCCAAAGGGACCCGCACGCGCCGGGGACGAGCCGGCGGAGGCUCCCUUGGGAGCCGCCCCUGCCCCUGUGGUGUUCCUGGGAGUGGGGCCCAUGAGCGCCCGCUAUCAGGGGGCUACUCGGGGAGUGGUCGAGCGCUUGACCCGUCGAGGAGUCCGCGCCAUUUUGUUGGACUUGAUGCUGGAUCCUACGGUGCUCAUGGGAGGGUGCUUGGGUCAUCCCACGGGGGCUGUGCACGCGGCAGUGGCAGAGAAGGCCUUUCCGGUGGUGGAGGCCACAAUGGGAUGGAAGUAG